UGACCCGAGUGGCUCAACUAAAACCUGCGGGCUGACUGGAACGGUUAGUGGGGUCAUUAUUCUUCCGACACCGAAACCUUAAUUAGAUUUCCCCAGAUGGUCCGUCGAUCGCCUGCAUUGUUGCAUGUACCAAAGAUCCACCAAGGCUGUCUAUCUCUGAAUUGCGCCAACCAUCAUACAGCACAGCGUGAAAAGCGUGGGUGCAUUCAAGAAGGCAUUAUGGCGACACGGGCUUUGGAUCCGCCUUUGGACGAAAUACAAUGGCGCUCUCCGGCAUGGGCGCAGCAAAUGAUGGGCAUACACUCGAAUUCAGUGCUUCCAUAUUUUGCGAAAUCGCCAUUUUUCGAUCCGACUUCGAAUAAUGCGGUCCUUGAGAACCAAGCAAUGUACAACCAAAACAUGGUGAACAUUGUCGCAACUCGUGAAGCGUUCGAAGGCCGCCUGAAGACGAUGUCUGGGUUGGAAUACGUUGUGGCACAAGAACCCGCCGAGACGGCGCCUGGGACUGGCACUGGAGUUUGGGUUAUCAGGAAGCAGACACGGAGGAAGAGGCAAGGCCAGGAAGAUGACAUCACGAUCCACUCCACGUAUUUCGUGAUGGGCGAAAAUAUCUACAUGGCCCCAGCCUUCCUCGAUGUGGUCCGCAGCCGCAUGCUGUCCAUUUUUACCUCUCUCGAUAAGUUCGUUUCAGCCGCAAACGCCCUCCCCAAUUUCACGCCUUUGUCAGGGCAUACGUAUCUGCCCCCGGUAGCAGCACGCCCUAAGGCAACCGAUUCGCAGCUAGCUACCCAAACAAGCCGGCAAAGUAGCCCACUGUCUGAUUCUGCAGGGGGUUCCAGGAAGCAGGUUGCUGGCACAACUAGCACAUACAUGGAUGCGCGCCUGCUCGACGAGUCUUUUCAGCUUUCCAUGCGCUAUGGCGACGAAUACAUGGACGAAAAUCCUAUUACUGGUCAUCCAGGUGCAUUCAAUCUCACGAGUACUGGACGCAAAACCAAAGACACUUUAGGAGCUGCAGCACAGAAGGCUGGCCUUCAAGAUCCAUCUAAAAUUGGAGCUUCACCUGUGGACGAGAAAGCAUCCGACAUUCCGCCAACAAGAAAGAGCAGUAAGGCGGCCGAUAAGGCCCCGAGGACUCCGGGAAUACCAAAGCCGAAACGAAAGAAGAGUAAAGUGCUUUCUGCCAGUGGUAUUGCACCGGUUUAAUUCGGGCCUUCACAGUUCUUUCGUUUUGUUGCAACCAUUGGGUUAGUGUGAAGGCGUUCUUGGCGGGAUGAUACCCUAUCAAUAUUAGACCAAAUAGUUUGUGGUGAAUGAAUUGAUAUGCAUUUUA